AUGGCUUCAGCACACGACCUCAGUGCAUGGGACAAGGAUGGCAGAGUGUUCCUGUUCACAUCCUUGACGGCCGGCUCGUCACACAUCGUCACGGCAACAUCUCGUAUCGAGACAAUCCUUAAUGCCAACAGAAUCCCCUUUAUGGCCAUUGACACGGCCACGAACGAACUGGCCAAACGUCUUUGGGGCCGCCGAUCUGGGGGCAAGAAGCUGCCUGCUCUGGUCAAAGAAGGCUACGUGAUAGCUGUACGUCUUGGCCCUGAGAAUAGCCAUACCCUACUAACGCUACUGCAUCUANNGGACCUCGACGAAGUCGAAGAAUGGAACGAGUUUGGCGAGAUCAAAGAAAACAUUGGUGACAUAGCACCUGCCAGUUCCGCCCCUGCGCCAGGCGGUGAAGCAGUAACCACUCGAGCCACCAUGCAUCCUACCACCCAACCGCCUGCCCAACUACCAGUCAAGCCUACCGCGACUGCCGCAACCAAAUCAGCCGACGACAAGAACGAGCCCCUGCAGUCGCCUAUGGCCAAUCUGUCGAUGAAGGAAGCUGCUACCCAGGCCGCCAGUAUAGGUGCUGCACGCAANGGUCCUACNCCCGGUAUCAACGAUACCAAGGUUGCUCCACUCAAGUCGAGCCUGGCCGAAGCAGAUGCCGCUACUAAGCCCGAGACGAUGAAUUCGUCAUCUGAUACCAAAGUUGAGAGCAUUCACACGGCUGAAGACACGGCCGCCCAGGCCUCGAAUGCGCCAGCACCUUCGAACACAGUAGAGCCAUCGGCUGCACCAUCAUCUGCACCUCUAGCAGCCGUCGAGUCAAACGACACCUCCGCCGCAGCGACUCCUGCCGGCUCUAUCCAGCAAAAGCACAGAGGAAGCAGUGUCAGCAUCGCGGAUCCGGAGGAGAUCAAAGAGCUCGAGAAAUCCAUUGCUAUACCUGAAGCCGAGAACGAGGAUGAAGAGCAGCCAAAGACACAAGAUCAAGAGGCUGCUGUUGCCGAAAAGGCAUCAGUAAGUGUUCAAGAUUAA